AUGUAGUGCUAAGACAUUCUACAUUAUCGUUUCCACAAAGGCAAGAAUUUGAAUUUAAAUUUUAAGAACAUUUUUAUAAACACUUUCCAGUAGACGCUGAGAAAUCUUGGCAACUUUAUGACGAGCCACAAACUGCUAAAUUAGAUGUUCCACAUAUGCAGCUCUUUUUAUUCGUUGAAUUACAAGCUGUAAUUUAACAUUUUGAAUUAAUCCAUAAAUAUGGUGACACGCAAUUAGAUUAUUUUGCAGUUUUUAUUGAGUGACACUAACCAUCCUUAAGAUAGCAUCCAAUGUAGUCAGAACAUGAUGAGCUGUUUAGUCCUGCACAUCUUAUGCAUUAAUUGCUAGUGGAAAGACCACAUCCUGAUGAAAUGCAUGAUGCAGUUGGCACACUGGAACAUUUCACGCAAUUAUCAUUAUACCAUCCACACUGAAAACAUUCAGAGUAAUCUUUAAUUCUCUCACACCCAAAACACCCAUUACUUGGAAUCCAAGAGCAAUCUUCAUUUUCAUAACAAAUUGCUUCCAAAUAAGGUCCACAGGAAUCAGUUAGAUAUUGUUAUAUCAAACAAAAUAGUAAGAAUAAAAUCAUAUAUUAAUAUUAAUAUUGUUUUUUAAAUGUUUUCCAAAUGCUUAAAUAUAGAUUUUUUUGGCUAUGAGUUAUGUCUUACGAGAAAAUAUAAAUUUUUAUUCCAUUAUUAUAUUUUUAGAGACUUUGCUUCAUUAAGAUUUUACGAAUGA